AUGCUUAAUGACCCGCCACCGCAAGAUCAUGACUUUGUUGCCGAACAAGUGGAAAUUGAUCAAACGGGCCAGUCCAAUAAACCGACAAGCCCAGUCCGCGACACUGACAAACCGGCAAGCCCAGCGAAAGCCACUGAUAAACCAUCGACUCCCGUGAAGGCUGCUGAUGAUAAAGAAGAUGAUAUUAUGAUUACUGGCGUUGGCCACACUGCUCCUGGCAAUCCUGUUGCUUUAUCGAAGCAUAGUGCCAAAGACGAGCUUUCUGCUAUGGGCAAAGGCAAAUGGAACACAGAUUUGUCAACCUAUGCUCAUCUCAAUGCCCAAGACAUCAAUUCUGGUUUUUUAAACCGUCUGUACACAAGCCGCGACUCUGAGGCCGGUUUAGUGAAUCUGAUGAAGGAGCGAUAUGAGGCUGAGCUGAGCAAAAAGGAAACUCAAACCGCUGAUCUACAAGAAAACCUCAAGUCCCAGCAAGCAGAAACUUCCAAAGCCAAAGAGGAGCUGACCAGUGCCUUAGCUACUAUGGAAAAGCUGAAGGAGAGUUUCAACAAGGAGCGAGCUGAUUGGGAGACAGAAAAAUCCGCAUUGCAAAAAAGAGCCGAGGACGCAGAAGCAACUCUUAAACCGGUGGUAGACGAGCUGACUGGUGAGCUCGCAUUAGUCAUCUGGGUUCUGACAUACAGAAGAAGCUGA